UUCCUUUAGGAAUGGGAAGAUCAACAUUUAAAAUGGAAACCAGAAGACUAUAAUAACAUUCAAACGUUAACAUUAGCAAAUUAUGAAAUUUGGCAACCAGACAUAAUUGUAUACGAAAAUAUUCCUAUGACAGAAGUAGAUACUAAGAAGGAUACUUAUGUAAUUGUAUCAAAAAAUGGACUCGUCACUUGGGUACCACCCAUUAUCGUGUACAGUCAUUGUAUUUUGAAUUUUGAAAAUUAUCCGUUCGACAAACAAUAUUGCCGAAUUACUUUUGGGUCGUGGAAUCACGAUGGAACAAUAAUUGAUUUACAGACCGAUAAAGAAGCGGAUGUCACCAGAAGAUUGUUAAACAGAAAUUUUAAAUGGAAAGUAAUUCACGUUAACGUCACACGUGAGGUAGCCCAUUACGAUUGUUGCGAAGAGCCAUACGUAGCCAUUAUCUAUAAUUUUUCUGUAGAAAGAAGAGAAUCUGUUCAUCAACGAGUUGUUUCGAUACCGAAUAUUUUAACGCUGAUGAUAACUUUAAUGACAUUUUGGUUGCCUCCAGAAACGAUACAAAAAUUAGCAAUUAGUUCGAUGAUGAUGAUGAUUCUGACAGGAUUACUUAUAUAUUUAACAUUUUCCAUUAAAUCUCUUCCGGCCAUAAGCAGCGCUGUAACCUUGGUUCAUCGUUCCAUGAUUUUAAUAUUUAUAAACAUGGUGAUCGAACUGUUCGUGAUUAAUCUCAGCAGAGCUUCGAUCCACUUUAACCCACCUUCAUUCAUAAACAAUCGGUUAUCCGGAUUAUUUGGGAUUAUUCUGUGCAUACCUCCCGAAAUGCAGUGUUCUGAAUCACUCAGAGAAUUUCACUCUUUCGGCAUGGAAGAAGAAAACGUCGUCUACAAACAACAUCCGAGAAAAGGAAAUUGGAGGAGAGUCGCCAUAGCAAUAGAUAGGAUCUCUUUUAUUUUGUUUAUUCCUAUCGUUUUAAUUGUUACUUAUAAUAACUCUUAGCAUAUUAAAAUAUGUAGGUAAUAUUUCAGCAAAAACUUGAAGCCGUAUCUACAAAAAAGAAAGAAUUUGUGCUAUGGCGUGUAGGAGUAAACUGUAUCAUACGGGUGUCUUUAUUAAUGAAACUUCUUUAUUUUGAAGAUAUUAAGGCGUACAUUAUCAUGAAUAUUUUAAUAAGUAAGAAGAUUAUAGCCUAUAGUUUAUUGUUUCUAUGUUUUGUUUAAAUUGGUGAUUCUCGAUCUUUUAAUUGAUGUUCCGACUGGAGAAUUCGUAAUUUGGGAAACAAUUCUAUAAAUAAAUGAAGAUAAUCACCUCUUGAGUUAAGGACUCUUCGAAUCCUUAACUCAAGCUGUCGAUAUUUCCAUCAGGAGGGUCCGAAGGGAAGUCGAAUUUCGCCCGAAGUUUAUAAAUGUUUACGAUGCUCUUUGUACAUUGUGAAAAUGAAAUAAUAUAUGAAGCAAAAAUAAAAGAAACAGAAAUGAUUCUCAUCGUUUCUGUUCUCUUCAAUCGUAAAUAUUGCAAAAAAAUUAUCACAGUACUGUAUUACACUUGCUAAAUUAAAACACAUCGUAUAUAAUAAAAUACAUACGGUACAUGUAAACUAUUCAUACUACAAAUAACAGACGUUUAAGUUAAAUAAAAUUUUUAUUAAUGUGAAUUUUUUAUUAUAUUAUCUCUCAAUGGAUUUCUAAAAGAUUGUACCAUAGAUCCGAGCAUAUAACAUCAUUAGUGAAUAUCAUUUAUUUUUGCAUUUUUAAAACACGGCGUAAGAGUUCACCUGGCAUAUAAGAGCACUGUACUGCUACCUCAGUGUAAAUUAAAUGUAAAUGUAUUGAUACAGUAACUACUCAAUGACAUUAUUAAAAAAAAAUAGCCAAAUAAAAAAUACUUUCGAUAUUAUAAAAGUUGUUUUAAAAACAAUGAGUUUUUAGGUUCGCCGACUUUGUUUCAUUUAUAUGCGCAGAAAUACAUUAUUAUUUGAACCAACGACAGACCCCGAACCGGGCCGCCAUGUUUGAAGCGAAUUGAACGUGUGUCCGACAUGACACUUGAAGGAAGAAAGCUGCACACCUGCAGGA